AUGUAUCUAUCUUCACUAGGAUCAUGUAACCCUGCGUUUUUGUCUUCUUCAUUGCAGUGCUGCCAUGUUGUAAUCAUUUGGUACACUUUGAGUGGCUUGGUGAUGGUCAAAGGUGGGCUAGUGGCAACCUACAGCAAUGGGCCUAAAUCGGGAACGAAUUUGAGCACCAAGAAGAGAAAGCGGUGGAGAGAAGCUGGUGAUGAUGGUGAUGCAGAGGAUGAUGAUGAACUCUGCAAACAACAUGUUACAGGAGCCUUUGCUCUAACCUUGAAAGAAGUUUGA